AUGGGAAAAGAUUGUCUGCAGAUAUUUUUAAAUCUUAAGUUGACAGAAGAGGAGUCCACAAGCGUAAAUGCUGGCCUAGCAGCUUUGGAAGCCUAUUUUAAGCCGAAAACCAGUGUGGUUUAUGAAAGACAUCUAUUCAACUCAUCGACUCAAGGCCCAGAUGAAGGGACCGAUGAACUUGUGAAUAGACUAAGAAAACAAGCGUCAUCAUGCAAAUUUGGUACCCUCAUGGAUGGCCUCCAAGAUAGAAACACCAAGCUUAGACUGCUUAAAGAAGAAGACUUAGAUCUUAAUAAAACGGUAAAUAUUUGCAGAGCCAGCAAAAUUGCUAGCAGGCAAUUGCGAUCGAUGAAGCUGGAUCAAACAGGGAAACAAGUCAACGCCAUGGGCACUCAAGCGUAACGGUUCAAUAACAAACAACCGCGUAAAUCAAACCCAUUGAGAAAUCCUCCAGGGAAAAGAAAACCAAAGCAAACGGUGACAAAAUGCACUAGAUGUGGCAGUCCAGAAAAGCACAAAUUAGAAGACUGCAGGACAUAUGGGCAAACAUGCCUAGUGUGUAAAAAUACAAAUCACUUCGCAACAGUCUGUCGUUUUAAUGACAAGUCGAAGAGCCGCAACCGCAAACACAGAGACGUACAACAAGUGGAAACUUCUGACGAAGAAUCCGAGGAAAAUGAUGAUCUGCUGAUCAAAAUCGAAGAAGUCUCAAACAUAAAGACAAAUGGAAAACAGAUAAACGCAACUCUAGUUUUUUUCAGACAUGAAAGAAGAUUAUCACACAGAGUUGCAGUGUCAAUUAGAUACCGGAGCCAUGUGUAG